AGAGGAGCACAGCAGAGGAGGACAGCUGAGUGUCACAGUGAAAGAUUCCGGAGGAGUCCUCAUCAACUUCCGGUCUUGGUUUCAUCAAGCUCGGGACGUAGAGAAGGAAGAUGCUGUCGCUCUCUCGAGCAGUGGUGUCUGGGGUGGCCCGCGCUCCAGCUGCAGUCAGCCAAGCUGGAGUGACCGCUAUCACCAGAUAUAACAGCACAGCACAGAAUGCUCCUAAGAAAACCACAUUUGGACCUCUAGCAGAUGAGGACAGAAUUUUCACAAACCUGUAUGGACGUCAUGACUGGAGGCUGAAAGGUGCACUGAAGCGUGGAGACUGGUACAAAACUAAGGAGAUCCUUUUGAAGGGGGUCGACUGGGUCCUCAAUGAGAUCAAGGUCUCUGGUCUGCGUGGCAGAGGUGGAGCUGGUUUCCCUACAGGCAUGAAGUGGAGCUUCAUGAACAAGCCCAGCGAUGGCAGGCCAAAGUACUUGGUUGUGAAUGCUGAUGAGGGAGAACCUGGCACCUGUAAGGAUCGUGAGAUCAUGAGGAAUGACCCACACAAGCUGGUGGAGGGAUGCCUGAUCGCUGGGAUGGCAAUGGGGGCACGCGCUGCUUACAUCUACAUCAGAGGAGAGUUCUACAAUGAGUCGUCCAACCUGCAGGUUGCUAUUAAUGAAGCCUAUGCUGCGGGGCUCAUUGGAAAGAACUCCUGCGGCUCUGGUUAUGACUUUGACGUGUUUGUAAUGCGAGGAGCUGGAGCGUACAUCUGUGGGGAGGAGACCGCUCUUAUUGAGUCACUAGAGGGCAAGCAAGGGAAACCCCGCCUGAAGCCCCCCUUUCCUGCUGACGUGGGUGUGUUUGGUUGCCCAACAACUGUUGCAAAUGUGGAGACGGUAUCCGUGGCUCCCACAAUCUGUCGCCGUGGAGGCUCGUGGUUUCUGGGCUUCGGCAGAGAGAGAAACUCCGGCACAAAACUCUUCAACAUCUCUGGCCAUGUUAACAACCCCUGCACUGUGGAGGAGGAGAUGUCUGUUCCUCUCAAAGAUCUCAUUGAGAGGCACGCAGGUGGAGUGCGCGGUGGGUGGGAUAACCUGCUCGCUGUAAUCCCGGGCGGCUCCUCAACACCCCUCAUUCCCAAGAAUGUGUGUGAGGAGGUGCUGAUGGACUUUGACGGCCUCAUCCAGGCUCAGACCGGUCUGGGCACGGCUGCUCUCAUCGUCAUGGACAAAUCUACUGACAUUAUCAGAGCAAUUGCCCGCCUGAUUGAGUUUUACAAACAUGAGAGCUGUGGUCAGUGCACACCCUGCAGAGAGGGAGUGGACUGGAUGAAUAACAUGAUGUGGCGUUUUGUGCGCGGUGAUGCUCGGUCGGCAGAGAUUGAUAUGAUUUGGGAAAUCAGUAAGCAGAUUGAGGGUCAUACUAUCUGUGCUCUUGGAGACGGUGCAGCAUGGCCAGUGCAGGGAUUGAUCAGGCACUUCAGGCCUGUGAUGGAGAGCAGAAUCACUGAAUACCAGCAGCAGCAGCAAGCCAGGGCUUAAACGGCCCCUUUGACACCUUGAACUCCUUCUUCUGCCUCAUUUGUCCUUAGCCUUCUACUUUUGUCACUGGCAAAUUAUUUAAAGUGAUAAUGUGCCAUCACAUAACCUCUUCAUCAAGAUUUCCAUUGGUGUUUGCCUUGUCCUAUUACAAAUAAAGUGCUAUAAAUCACAAACAA